UAACAAGCCAAGUGUUUAACAAUGUGAAAUUCUGGGAUUUAAUCCGCACUAUGUUGCGUUUUACAUACGUUUUUUCUGGCUGAAGUCACAAAGAUGCGCGUGUGAAGAUGGGGGACUGGAACUUCCUUGGUGGGAUCUUGGAGGAGGUCCACAUCCACUCCACCAUGGUGGGGAAGAUCUGGCUGACCAUCCUCUUCAUCUUCCGCAUGCUGGUGCUGGGCGUGGCGGCCGAGGACGUGUGGAACGACGAGCAGUCCGACUUCAUCUGCAACACGGAGCAACCCGGUUGCCGCAACGUCUGCUAUGACCUGGCCUUCCCCAUCUCGCUCAUCCGCUACUGGGUGCUGCAGGUCAUCUUCGUCUCGUCGCCCUCCCUCGUCUACAUGGGCCACGCGCUCUACCGGCUGCGGGCGCUGGAGAAGGAGCGCCAGCGCAAGAAGAUUGCGCUCCGCCGCGAGCUGGAGGAGGUGGACGCGGAGCAGGCGGAGGUGCGGCGGAAGAUCGAGCGCGAGAUGCGGCAGCUGGACCAGGGCAAGCUGAACAAGGCGCCGCUGCGCGGCUCGCUGCUGCGCACCUACGUGGCGCACAUCAUCACGCGCUCCGCUGUGGAGGUGGGCUUCAUCACGGGCCAGUACAUGCUCUACGGCUUCCAGCUGGACCCGCUCUUCAAGUGCGAGCGCGAGCCGUGCCCUAAUGCCGUGGACUGCUUCGUGUCGCGGCCCACCGAGAAGAGCGUCUUCAUGGUGUUCAUGCAGUGCAUCGCCUUCAUCUCACUCUUCCUCAACAUCCUGGAGAUCAUGCACCUGGGCUACAAGACACUCAAGAAGGGCAUCCUGGACAUCUACCCACACCUGAGGGACGACCUGGAAGACAGCUACUACCCCAGCAAGUGCAAGAAGGAUUCGGUGGUCCCCCAAAUGGGCAUGACCACCGGGCGAAAGGCCACGUUGCCCUCUGCACCGAGCGGCUACAAUCUGCUCAUGGAGAAGCCGCCUGACGGUCCAGCCUACCCCCCUCUCAUCAACCCCUCCUCUGCCUUCGUACCGGUUCAGGGGGACGGGCCGCCUAAAGGUGGGGUGGACGCCCUCAAAGAGUCGGCGCACAGCCCCACGGAAUACAACAGCAACUCCAACAACACCAGCAGCUCAGGGCCGAGCAACUCGGUCACUCCACCCAAGCCGGACGAGGCGGAGGAGCAGGCACACCUCCCACCGCAUGACGAGGAGCGGGAGUCGGAGAGCAGCCCUGACUCGCCCGUCCUGCCCAGGGACUCCACGCACUCCUCGUGCCCCACGCUGCCGGUGAGUGCGGUCAAGAAGCCCUGGAAGGUCACCGCACCCUGGCACUGCUCCACGGUGGUCGAGGGCAACACCUCGGAGGCGGACUCGUACGGGAGUGCCAAGGGUCGUGCCGGUGCCAACGGCAGCGCACCCUACACCGUCGUUCGGUCCCGCUCGGGCUCCAAGUCCAAGAGACCCAGCCGGCCCUGCACACCUGACUCCAUCGAGGAGACGAGCUCGGAAUCGAGGGGGAGCCCUAGAAUGUUGUCUCCGGCCCGCCGCACAUCAGUGGCCAGCAGCAGCACCAGCAGCAGACGAGCCGCCCCAACAGACCUGCAGAUAUAACGGCCUGACAGUCGGGCCAUCAGAAGUGCCCAACUUCGACCGCAAGGUGACAGGAUAUUCAUUUGGAGAGCCCUGGAAAAUAAAGACAUGUGAACAGUCUGUAGAGUCCACUUAUCCAAAACUUUUCUAGCCAUGGUCAUGACAUCAUGAUGACAUCAUCACACAAAACAUAGAGACAAUCUGCAUGCUUUUAAGGCUUUUUGUUUGUUAAAAGAAAGUUCUGUUGAGAUGUCAAAGUGUUGGUUGACUGGACUGGGGCUCUUACAGAGCGUUUCAGUACUGCAGUACAAAGUAACUAUUCAUUUACAGUACUAUUACAGUAGAAAUAUUUCUGUGUGACGAGUUGGACUAAAUUUAAAGUGAUUUUGCACAGUACAAAUCAUCAGACUGAAAUCAAAGGAUGUCCUAAAUCCAUGCUUAAGACAUAUGCAUAGCUCCAAUGAUUUUGCAGCAGUUUACAUGUGUGCUUUGCAAAUACAUUAUUACUAGUUAUUAGCAAUACUGUACACAUUCAUUUGAGCUCAGCAACCAGUGGCCUAGGGAUAGGAUUAGAUGUUUACUCAUUGAACUGCUUUUGCCAGUAUGAAAGUGACGGUUUGUAGUUAAAUUUGAACAUGUGUGACUUUGUUUGCUUUGUAAAAUAAAAAAAAUAAAAAAUACAAUGUUAUUCUGAUAUGUAAAAUACAUAAAUGUUCCAUACACUUUCAUGGGCAUAUGGGUAUUGAAACAACAAUUUACAUGGAAUGGAAGGAAACAUACAAAUAUCACCAAAAUAGUGUUUCUACAUAACACUGAUCUCAAAAGCACUGGGCUUUUUCUGUGAUCACUCUGCUCUCUCUCUCUCUCAGGCUUCUGUGCAAACUUUUAGCACUUGGAGGUUUCUUGAAAAUGU